AUGUCCAACUACGGCCAGCCCGUCGGAGGACCCCCCCAUCUCGGUAUGCCUCAAUCUGAUGCCAACCGAGGCUACGAGCAGGACCAGCAGCAGCCGCCAUCUGCAGUCCCGCCUUCUGAUGGAGCAAAUGGUGCGCCUGCCCAAGGCGGCCCACCUCCUCCUCCGCCUACAAAGGGCAAGAACGGUGCGACUGGGCCUGCCGAGGGCAAGCCGAAGCCUCAUGUCUGUCCCAUCUGUCAGCGUGGUUUCACUACUGGCGGGCACUUGCAGCGCCACCAGCGUAUUCACACUGGUAUCAAGGCUUUCAAGUGCCCGUACCCAGGAUGCGAGACGCGUACCAGCCGACAGGACAACUUGCAGCAGCACUACCGGACGCACCUUUCGCCCACACUGCGGCGUGGCUCUGGUACGGCGGCGCGUCAGGCUGUCGCGGCGGCGAUGAUGGCCGCAGGCCUCAAGUCGUCUAACAGCCGGCAGCCUCGCAAGUCCAAGGGGUCGAACGCGGGAACGCCCAACUCGUCGGCUAGCUCGUCUGUCACCCAUGGCCAGUCGCCGUACCAGACUCCUACCCAGGCGUCGGCCCCUUACGGAGGCUACAUGCACGACGCGAACCAGUACGGCGGCUACUCGUCUGGCUACCCUCUUCCUCCUCCUCCCGGUGUCAUGCCCAGCGCCGCCACGCAGUCGGCGCAGUCGAGCCGCGUGGCGUCGCCGGUCAACGGCCACUCUGCAGCAUCGUCGGUAGCCAACACCCACCACCAGCAGUUUUACUCUCAGCAGCCAUUCGCUCCAGCCUACGCGGCGUACCCCGGUGCCAGCCAGUACGCACAGGGCUACCGCUACGCGCCUGGCACAAUGCCGUCUUAUGGUGCUCACUCGCAGUACUACUCGCAGGGCGUUGCCCCAGACCACACGCAGCAGCACAUGUACCAGGGCAUGCAGAACGGCGCUGUCCCUUACUCGCGCGAGUCGGGCUACUCGAUGAUGACCGCUGGCGGCUACGCCGCGCAGCCGCAGAUGAGCAAUGGCUACCCGCCUCGAACCCAGUCGUCGACGCCUGGUGAUGAUCUUGACCCGCGCUACCGUGGAAAUGGCGCAGCUCCCCGCUAA